CAUAACUUGGAUUUGGUAAGCGCGUCUGCACAAUUUGAGGAAGAGGGAAUCCUGUGAGCGAGCCCAACCACCCGUACGAUUUUAGUAUGGACGAAGAUCACCUUUCAGGUCCGUUGUCUCCUCAUGGAACAACCCAAAAUUUCGACAAUGGCGCAAGCGGUACGAGAACCAGCUCACCUCACCGAAAACCAAAAGCCAAAGUAACGAAGAAGAAGCUUUUGGAGGAACUCUCAGCAUUAAAAUCGGAAAUGGCUAAUAUGCGAUCCGAAAAGGAACAAAACCUACUAUCAGGAAAACGUCCGACAGAGAGCAGUGCUGUAAACGUGAGGCCUGAUGAAGGACCAUCUGGGAGCGAUUCGUUCCUAGCUACCAUGAGCAAUAUGUCGCUGGGAUCUUUGAAUAUUCCAGAGUGUAAGCCUUCAGAGGGUGAGAUGGAUGUGGAUAAAAAAGCUUACGAACACUGGAAAGAAAUACUAAUCGCAUCAUUUAAUCUGAUGCGAGCAACUGACGAGCGCGCAAAAUUGGACAUAUUUAGAAUAAAAGCGGGACCAAAAUUGCUGGAAGUGAUGCAAGGAACAUCUUCUAUACCAGGCAUGCCAGAUGAAUGCGUUAAGCCCUUCUCCAAUGCAAUAGCUAGAUUGGAUCAUUACUUCGGAUCUCGUACAUACAUAAUAGGACAACGUGGUAAAUUAAUGAAUACUGUACAGCAAAGUGGAGAGUCAAAUAUUUCAUUCGUUCGACGAGUGGCAGCAGCGGCAAAAUUGUGCGAUUACAAGAAUGAAGAAGAAAUGGAGGCAGUCGUACGUACCAUCGUUAAAAGAACCACCGAUAGCCGGGUCCGUGUUUUGGCCCACAGGAACUGGGUCAAUCAAGGUGACAUGAACAGUUUGAUUGGAUUGGUACGUGAUAGUAGUAGUAAAAUUCUUCUUUGUUUACACAUUUUUUGUUCUAAUGAUGAUUGGUACGUGAUCGUGAAAUGGAGCUUUUUAACGAAGCAGAGUAUCAAAAACUCAACCAUCAACGCAACGUGA